UCUUGGGAUCCGUGUCCAAUCGGCCUCACCUGUUCUCCAGAGUUCCAGGUUGCUCUGCCAUUCAAGUGCUGGAAAAUGUCUAGGGAGUACACCAGGCACCCUGAAAGCCAGCAAAUGGAUUCAUUUACAUUCAGGGAUAUAGCCAUUGAUUUCUCUGAGGAGGAAUGGGAAUGUCUUGAGCCUGCUCAGCGCAAUUUAUAUAGAGAUGUGAUGUUAGAGAACUACAGAAACCUGGUCUUCCUGGCCAUUACUUCUCACCAUACCCAAGAAUUUUCACCAGAGGAGGCCAUAAAACAUUUAUUUCAACAUGUGAUAAAGGAAAAGAAUGGAAAUUAUGACCUUGACUAUUCACAAAUAAGGAAAAUAUGGGAAACUGUUUGUGAGAAUAAAAGUAACAAAUUAUGUAAUAAGGAACAAGACCUAUUAGCCAUGACUUUUCCUAAUAAAAAUUUCUCUGUCACUACCCUAAAUAAUUACCAGUGUGUUUAUAUUGGUGAUGUAAAAUAUGAAUAUAGAGAAAUUUAUAAAAACUUUAGCUUUGAUUGCAAUACCAGAAAAAAUCAGUAUACUCAGUUUUCAAAGAACCUUUACAAAGGUGAAAAAAGGGGAAAAGUCUUACUUCAAUGCUCAGAAUUUAUUGGUAAUACAAAUAUUCAUAGGCAAGACAAGUCUCACAAAUAUAAGUUAUGUGAAAGAGCUCUUAAUCAAAUUGCAAACCUCACCCAAUACAAGAGAAUUCCUACUGAAAAAGAGUCAUAUAGGUUCAAAGAAUGUAUCAAGGCAUUUGAUUGUUCAACGCUUUCUAAACAGCACCAAUAUUAUUUCAGAGAUAAGCCCUACAAAUUUAAAGAAUGUGACAAAGCUUUUAAUCAAAUGUCACCCCCUGUUAAACACCAGACAACUCAUACUGCAGAGAAGCCCUGUAAAUGUAAAGAAUGUGUCAAAGCCAUUAACCAUUUCUCAACCCUUUUUGAACACCCAAGAGGGCAUAACAAUGAUAAAACCUACAAAUAUAAAGAAUGUGAUGAAGUUGUUAAUCAAAGCUCACUUGAUACUCAAUAUCAGAGAAUUCAUCCUGGAGAAAGAGACUACAAUUGUAAAGAAUGUGAAAAAUCCUUAAAGAAUUCUUCACCUACUCAAUACUGCAGGAGUCAUACUGAAGAGAAGUCCUAUGAAUGUAAAGAAUGCAACAAAAAUUUUAAUAAGAUUCAAAACCUUACUUGCCACCAGAGAAUUCAUACUGGAAAGAAACUCGACAAGUGUGAAGAAUGUGACAAAACGUAUUAUCAAAGGUCACAUCUUAUUGACCACCAGAGAAGUCAUACUGGGGAGAAGCCAUACAAAUGUGAAGAAUGUGGCAAAGCUUUUUAUCGAAGAUCUCACCUUAUUAGCCACCAGAGAAUUCACGCUGGGGAGAAGCCCUACAAAUGUGAAGAAUGUGGUAGAGCUUUUUAUCAAAGAUCACACCUUGUUUCCCACCAGAGAAUUCACACUGGAGAGAAGCCUUACAAAUGUGAAGAAUGUGGCAAAGCAUUUUGUCGAAGAUCACACCUUGUUGGCCACAAGAGAAUUCAUACUGGAGAGAAGCCCUACAAUUGUGAAGAAUGUGGCAGAGCUUUUAGUGAAAGAAAAUCACUUGCUCAACACCAGAGUAUUCACACUGGAGAGAAACCCUACAAAUGUGAAAAUGGUGACAAAACUUUUAUUGAAAAAUCACAUCUUAUCGAUAACCACGGUAUUCAUACUGGGGAGAAGCCCUACAAAUGUGAAGAAUGUGGCAAAGUUUUUUCUAAAAGUUCAAACCUUAUUUGCCACCAGAGAAUUCACAGUGCAGAGAAGUCCUACAAAUGUGAAGAAUGUGGCAAAGGUUUUAGUGGAAGAAAAUCCCUUACACAGCACAAGAGUAUUCACACUGGAGAAAAACACUACACAUGUGAAGUGUGUGACAAAGCUUUUAUUAGAAGAUCACACCUUAUUAAUCACCACAGUAUUCAUACUGGAGAGAAGCCCUACAAAUGUGAUGAAUGUGACAAAGCUUUUUGUCGACGAUCUCACCUUAUUUGCCACCAGAGAAUUCAUACUGGAGAGAAGCCCUACAAAUGUGAAGAAUGUGGCAAAGCUUUUUAUCAAAGAUCACACCUUAUUACCCACCAAAGAAGUCAUACUGGAGAGAAACCUUACAAAUGUGAAGAAUGUGGCAGAGCUUUUUCUCAAAGAUCACACCUUGUUUCCCACCUGAGAAUUCAUACUGGAGAGAAGCCUUACAAAUGUUCAGAAUGUGGCAAAGUUUUCACCCAAAGAUCAAACCUUACUGGCCACCUGAGAAUUCAUACUGUAGAGAAGCCCCACAAAUGUGAAGAAUGUGGUAGAGCUUUUUAUCAAAGAUCACACCUUGUUUCCCACCAGAGAAUUCACACUGGAGAGAAGCCUUACAAAUGUGAAGAAUGUGGCAAAGCAUUUUGUCGAAGAUCACACCUUGUUGGCCACAAGAGAAUUCAUACUGGAGAGAAGCCCUACAAAUGUGAAGAAUGUGGCAGAGCUUUUAGUGAAAGAAAAUCACUUGCUCAACACCAGAGUAUUCAUACUGGAGAGAAACCCUACAAAUGUGAAAACUGUGACAAAGCUUUUAUUCAAAAAUCUCAUCUUAUUGAUCACCACGGUAUUCAUACUGGGGAGAAGCCCUACAAAUGUGAAGAAUGUGGCAAAGCUUUUUAUCGAAGAUCACACCUCAUUUGUCACCAGAGAAUUCAUACUGGAGAGAAGCCCUACAAAUGUGAAGAAUGUGACAAAGCUUUUUAUCAAAGAUCACACCUCAUUUGCCACCAGAGAAUUCAUACUGGGGAGAAGCCCUACAAAUGUGAAGAAUGUGGCAAAGCUUUUUAUCGAAGAUCACAUCUUAUUGGCCACCAGAGAAUUCAUACUGGAAAGAAGCCCUACAAAUGUUAGGAAUGUGGCAAAGUUUUUAACAAAAGAGUAUCACUUAGUCAACACCAGGGUAUUCGUACUGGAGAAACUUACAAAUGUGAAAAAUGUGACAAAGCUUUUAUUGAAAAGUCACACCUUAGUGAUCACCACAUUAUUCAUACUGGGGAGAAGCCCUACAAAUGUGAAGAAUGUGGCAAAGUUUUUUCUCAAAGAUCAGAUCUUGUUUGCCUCCAGAGAAUUCCUACUGCAGAGAAACCUUCCAAAUGUGAAGAAUGUGGUAAAACUUUUUACUAAAGGUCACACCUUAUUUGCUGCAAGAGUAUUCAUACAGGAGAGAGGCCCUACAAAUUGAAGAAUGUCAUUGAAACUUUUCUUCAAGGAGCAUGCUUUAUUGAUCACCACGGUAUUCAUGAUGGAGUCCUACAAAUGUGA